AUGUCAACUCUGCCUGAUAAUGCGUUUCCGCUGACAGAUGAACCACUCAAGAACCUAAUUCAAGGUCCAGGAGACGUGGAGUGGAGGUAUGAAAUGCGUCGGGAGUGUCAAGAGAUCCUUCCUGGCCUUCUACUAGGCCCUUUUCAAGCAUCCAAAUCGCUUGAGGUGCUCCAAUCGCUCGGCGUCACCCACAUAGUCUGUAUACGCGAUAAGAAGGAAGCCUUCUCCGUGAAAGCACGUUUCCCAGAUCAUUUCCGGUACCUGGUGCUAGAUGUGGAGGAUAGCGAAGACCAGAACGUUAUUCGUCUAUUCCCAGAAGCUAAUACAUUCAUUACCCAAUCGUUGAGCGCAGGAGGCAAGGUUCUAGUUCACUGCAAUGGCGGUAUUUCCCUAUCACCGGCCUUUGUUGUCAUGUUCGUCAUGCGUCAUUGUCAGUUGUCAUGGGAAGAUGCACUUCAUCUGGUACAAAAUCGUCGCUAUUGUAUCUCGCCAAACGGUGGCUUCUUGACGCAGAUCAAGGAAUAUGAAUCGAUAUACAAGGCAUCUGUCGCUGUCGCGGGAUUUCCGCAAGGGCAGAUACAGCGGGUUGUAUCCCGGAGGAAGAGAGAUGAUGACGACGACGACGAGUUCAGAGAGGAUGACCGUAAAAGAGCACUAGUCGAUGGAGAAGGGGACGACGCAAUGGCAACAGAUUUAUAA